CCCGGCUUGGGUGGGCGUUGGAACCGGGAACGCAGACCGCUCGUGCUGAACCAGAUCCAGACCGCUGGAUACCGGGCAGAGCCGUUAGCCAAAUCGUGAAGACAACUGUGGCCUGGUUAUGCUUUGUUUCUUGCCGGGUGGGCGCUCGUCUGGUAGCUGGAGCCUGGUGCCUUAUCGCUGGCGGAGAAGGCCGACGACCGGGGCCUCACCCGGCGAGAAGCCAACCAAAGGAACCACGUACUAGGAAAAUAGCGGCGGCCAACCAGCGUGAAGCCCUUGACCUCGAUGUUCUCCUGCCAAUUCCCGCCAUCGUCUCUCCCGCCCAAUUCAAUCCAUACUUUCCACCUUCAUUCUCGUCUCCAUCUGAAAGCGCCACCUCUCCUCCGUUCACCCUUCCCUCUGAGCCGUUGCAAUCUCCCUUCCUCGGCCCCUCUUACCCCUUCUUCUGACGUACCAUGUCGUACUGCUAUCUUCGCACUCUCGUGCGCCAAGAACAACCACCAUGGUUCUGCCGGUUCGGCGGUAUCGGCGAGCGGUUUCGAGGCGGAGUUGGAUCGGCUCUUGGAGCUUCUGCCUGAUUCUAUGCGAGCGAAGCUGCGCGAGCACCCUGAAUUCCUUGACUUGAUCGAGGUGGUAAUGGAUUUGGGCCGGCGGCCGCUCGCCCGGUUCCCUUCCGGCGAUUUCUUCCUCUCCGAGACGCCUGUCAAUUUCUUAGACUUGCAGCAAGCCACAUCCUUGGUUGGUGAUUUUGCUGAUGACAACCGUGCUGGAAUCAGUCGAACCUUACAUCGUGUAAGCGCUAUAAGAAACCGGAAGGGUGUAAUUGUAGGUUUGACCUGUCGAGUUGGAAGAGCAGUGACUGGCAGUGCAAAUAUGGUGCGGGACUUGGUAAAAGAUGGAGCUUCUCUAUUACUAAUUGGCCCACCUGGUGUUGGAAAAACCACGCUCAUUAGAGAAAUUGCUAGAAUGCUGGCUGAUGAUUAUAGCAAACGGGUCAUGAUUGUUGAUACAUCAAAUGAAAUAGGCGGUGAUGGAGAUAUUCCUCAUGCAGGUAUUGGUGGUGCUCGCAGAAUGCAAGUUCCAAAUGCUGAUAUGCAACAUAAGGUUUUGAUCGAAGCAGUGGAGAACCACAUGCCUCAAGUGAUUGUAAUAGAUGAAAUAGGUACUAAGCUUGAGGCACUUGCAGCCAGUACAAUUGCCCAGCGUGGAAUUCAGCUUGUUGCAACAGCUCAUGGCGUGACAUUUGAGAACUUAGUCAUGAACCCUUCUUUGGACAUUCUUGUGGGAGGAAUACAAAGUGUGACACUUGGCGAUGAAGAGGCCACAAGGAGAGGCGUCCAAAAGUCCAUCCUUGAGAGAAAAGGCCCAGCAACAUUUAACUGUGGUGUGGAAAUUAUGUCAAAAACUGAGCUGCGAGUCCAUCGUAAUCUGGAAGAAACAGUUGAUAGUCUUCUUGCGGGUCGUUUCCCCACUUAUGAGGUCCGCUGCCUAAAUGCAAAACCAUUUACACGUGAAGGGCCUAGUACUCUGAACAGUGAAAUUUCACAUGAUGCAACAACCUGGAAACAAAAAAGAACUAUUACUGAUGAUAAUAAUUGUGAGAUAGAUGGCAGGGAUAUUGCACGUGAGGAACCUAUUGCUGAAAAUACGACAAAUACGGUGAAGGAUUCCUACACAAAGAACAUCCACAUCUAUCUUUAUGUAUACGGGCUUGUUGAGUCAAACAUUCUGCAAGCACUCAAACUUCUACAGCUUGAGGACCUCGUAAAUCUAACUGAUGAUAUAAGCAAAGCAAAUGCGUUGCUUGCCUUGCAAUCCAAGCUGAAGAAUUCACGCAUCCAAGGAGUAGCAAGAUCCCUUGACAUUCCCAUUCAUGCAACAAAGUCAUCAUCUGCUACGCAUAUAACAAAAGCUAUAAAUAAAAUAAUGAGUGAACUGUCUUAUGACUUCGAUUAUGGAAGCAAGCUUACUGAUGAACCUGAUGGCACAUCACCUGAGAAAGUUGAUGCCCUAGAGGAAGCCAGACUAGCCAUCGAGCACAUUGUAAUCCCGAAAGGACAGCAGGUGGAACUGCUUCCAAGACCAACAAAGAUCAUUGCCAUGCAAAUGGAUCUUGUAAAAAGUUACCGGCUAAGUUCAGAGAAAGUUGGAAAGGAGCACAAAAUGCGACUGAGAAUUCUUCCAUAUCACGGGAAAGAAGUUGGUGCCAAUGAACCUGGUAACGAAUCUGAAAAUGAUGUGGACACUAACAGUACCGGUUACACAAAAAGUAGUCCUGACAUAGACAGACUGCCAAUUUUGCCGAAUUAGUUUUCUGUAUAGUCUGUAAAUUUGUAAUUAACUGCAUCGCCGUCUUGGGCAGUCGUGUUGCAUUCUAUUGUCGGGCUUUUCUUUCAUAUACACAUAUUGGAAAGCUGGUUUUGUGGCAAUUGGGUUCCAUCUUGUUGUAAGUUUUCAAUUUUGAGACCGCUGGAAUAGAGAAAAAGCUGCUGUCAAGGUUUCUGAUUAAAAUUGAACGGAGAGAUUCUGAAUUCGAUCGGUUUCCCUGAAAUAAGAAAAGCCAGAGACUUGUAUCA